UGCCGGGAGAGCCCGGGCGGGCGGCGGUGGCUGCCGACGGGCGGGUGCGAGCGGCGGCGUGCGGGCGGCGGGGCCGCGCCCGGCGAUGAGGCACGAGGCGCCCAUGCAGAUGUCAUCCGUUCAAGAUUCCAAAUAUGGCCAGAAAGAUACCUCUGACCAGAACUUUGAUUACAUGUUCAAACUGCUCAUUAUCGGCAACAGCAGUGUUGGGAAAACCUCCUUUUUGUUUCGAUAUGCUGAUGAUUCCUUUACGUCUGCAUUUGUAAGCACGGUUGGGAUCGAUUUCAAAGUAAAAACAGUUUUCAAAAAUGAAAAAAGAAUUAAGCUACAGAUUUGGGACACAGCAGGACAGGAGAGAUACAGAACAAUUACCACAGCUUACUACCGGGGUGCAAUGGGCUUCAUUUUAAUGUAUGACAUCACAAACGAAGACUCUUUCAACGCUGUGCAGGAUUGGUCAACUCAAAUCAAAACAUACUCUUGGGAUAAUGCCCAGGUUAUUUUGGUUGGCAACAAAUGUGACAUGGAGGAUGAACGGGUAAUCUUCAGUGAGAGGGGCAAACAUUUAGCAGAGCAACUUGGAUUUGAAUUUUUUGAAACAAGUGCCAAGGAAAACAUUAAUGUCAAGCAGACAUUUGAGCGACUUGUGGAUAUCAUCUGUGACAAAAUGUCAGAAAGUCUGGAGAUGAAUGCCACCACUGCUGCCAACAACCAGAAUACACGGCUAAAGGACACUCCUCCUCCACAGCAGCCCAACUGUAGCUGUUAAUGCAGCUAUCAGCAAAGGCUCCAGUGUGUUCUGUUGCCAGGAGUUUUUCAGAAUGUUUAUGAAUGGUCUAUAUGCCUUUUUUUUUAAUACUGUCUUAUUAAUUUUUUUGGCAAAACAGUCUUAUUUUAUGUCAGCAGUAGUUUGAGUAUGCGUAUGAAGAUGGAACAGUUAUUAGUCUGAAAGGAUGAUCCAUAUUUUAGCAUCUGGCUUUUCCAUGCCGGCUGGCUAUUAAUUUUUCUUUUUCUUUUACUGUUUUACAUCACAAUUACUUCAGCUGGUGCCAUGUCAUCAGACCAUAUUUGCCUGGAAUUGUCUCUCACUCAUCACUUUCAAGCUAUAUAAUCAAAUCUAUAGGGUAGUGGCCAGGCUGUUUUAGAAUAAGCUUCCUGAUGCUACUUAUAUAUCCUCCUGACUGAAAAUGAGUUUAGAAGUAUCCUUGUAGUGAGACAAUCCCUCAUUCUGUCCAGGUCAUUUGUAUAAGGGACACUUCCUGGAGCAUAUUACCUUGGCAAAUCUACACUCGUUAUAAUGUUACACAUCCGGGCUGAUUGGAAACUGCAGAAGUUAGAAAGAAGUUAGUUCCUGGACCCAAAGCCACCAGAAUUCUCUGUGAGUUUCCAAUUGGGUGGUAUUCAUACAUACCCUCAGAGAUAAUAGAUACUUCAUUCUGUCUGGAUAGCUAAUGUGUUUACUUUUCCAUGGGAGCUGCAUGUCUAUCUAAUAACUUUCUGAAACUGGGCUUAAUUUCUCAUUCCAUCAUUAUGGAGAUUCCAGUCUUACCUACCCCUGGAGUGGAGGACUGAUUAACUCUUUCCAUUUCUACCUGCGUGAGAUAUUAACCACAAUGUUCUGUUUAAUCACUGACAGAGCCAAAUACAUUGUGCCUAAUUGUUCAUAGCCAAGAAUUUCCUUAUUAUGUUGCUGUCAAAAAUUCAUGCUUUGAUUUUCAGGAAUUUAAUCUCCCAUUCAGUCACUGAGACAGCCACCACUGGCUACAAACACCUGUACUUUUCUCAGACUUGUUGCAGAAGAGCUGAUGGUGUCAGUGAACUGAAGUUUGACCUCAUUUUUUCCAUCUAUUUUGUCAAGAGAAUUUGAAUUUUUAAAACUUUAGGAGUAAUAAAAAAUUGUCAACAACAUUUCUAGUCUUAGGCUGAAUACAUUAAUAAGAUGAGCAAAAGGCUGUGAAGAUUGCAGAAUAAAGUACACAAAUUAUUUUUAAUAAAGUGUUAAAAUAGUCAUAUUUCACAGUUUUUACUCCUUUAAGUAUAUGCUUAGAUCUGUGCCCUGGAGUACUUUGUACAACUGCUUUACUUGCAUUACAAUGACAUUUUUUAACUAAACAAUGUAAUUGAAGAAGCACUGACUAUUUUGUUAUUCCAGUUAGGCAGAAUUUAGGAUAAGGCUGAUAUUUCUUAAACUGUCCGCAGUGGGAAAAGGAAGACAUAUUAAAAAAAAUAGAAGUAACAUAUGGUACUCCAAAUGGCUCAUAACUGUAAAGAAAUUCCUCUACAUACUUUAUGUUAUUUGAAGGUAAUUUAUAUAACUCUUGAUAUACAAUAAGAGAAAAUUAUCCCUUUUUUAAAUCUAAUUAAAUAAUCUACCUACACUUUGACACAGUUAAAAUUCCUUCCAAACAAGGCAUGUAGACAUAUGUAAAAUGGGUAUGCCAUGAGGGUGCCUACAUUGGCUGAACAACUUAAACGAGUAAAUAUUCUUUGUUCAGACUGGGGUUUUAAACCAUGUCUGUCCUGUUAGCUAGUUUACUUAAGCACUUUUUUCUUAAUAGACUUGGACACCAUAAAGAGAAAGCACUAUCCUCUUUAGGGCCGAUGAGCAGUCAAGUGGAAGAGGCAUGUGCUAUCCAAACCACAAUCCUGGCUCUCUCUGGGGUGCUGCUUUUCCCUCCCUCUAAGGCAGUGUGUUGCUAACUGUCCUGAGAGACUUUCAUUAGUACCUCUUUAC